UCUAUCAACUAGUCCUGGAAGAGAACAAACUCUUUGGAGAAUAACAUUUUAUUGUGGCCAUGCCAGAACCCACUAAGAAAGAAGAAAAUGAAGUGCCGGCCCCAGCCCCAGCCCCAGCCCCACCCCCAGAAGAACCAAAAAAAGAGAAGGAAGCUGGAACUGCACCAGCAAAAGAACCAAAUAAAGAGAAGGAAGCCGGAACUACACCAGUAAAAGAACCAAAAAAAGAGAAGGAAGCUGGAACUGCACCAGCAAAAGAACCAAAAAAAGAGAAGGAAGCCGGAACUACACCAGCAAAAGAUGAAGAGGAAGUCUUCCUGCCUAGUGCCCUACCUCCAGGUUUGGGUAGUCGGGCCCUGGAAAGAAAAGAUUCAGAAUGGUCUCUUGGCGAAUCACCUGCCACAGAAGAUCAAGAUAAACAGAAUGCCAAUUCUCAGCUCUCCACCCUGUUGGUGGAAAAGCCUCAAUCAGGAACAGUGAAAGUUGGUGAAAAUAUCACCUUUAUAGCCAAAGUCCAGGCUGAAGAUCUUCUUAGAAAACCCACUAUCAAAUGGUUCAAAGGGAAAUGGAUGGACCUGGCCAGCAAAGCUGGGAAGCACCUCCAGCUGAAGGAAACCUUCGAAAGGCAUAGUCGGGUGUACACGUUUGAGAUGCAGAUCAUCAAAGCCAAAGAGAACUUUGCAGGAAACUACAGAUGUGAGGUCACCUAUAAGGAUAAGUUUGACAGCUCUUCAUUUGAUCUUGAAGUACUUGAAUCUACUGGAACUACUCCCAACAUUGACAUCAGAUCUGCUUUCAAGAGAAGUGGAGAAGGUCAAGACGAUGCAGGAGAACUUGACUUUAGUGGUCUCCUGAAACGUAGGGAGGUGAAGCAGCAGGAGGAAGUACCCGAGGUAGACGUGUGGGAGCUGCUGAAAAAUGCAAAACCCAGCGAGUACGAGAAGAUCGCCUUCCAGUACGGCAUCACCGACCUGCGCGGCAUGCUCAAGCGGCUCAAGCGCAUGCGCAGAGUGGAGAAGAAGAGCGCAGCUUUUGCAAGAAUUCUUGAUCCUGCAUAUCAGGUUGAUAAAGGAGGCAGAGUAAGGUUUGUUGUGGAACUGGCAGAUCCAAAGUUGGAAGUGAAAUGGUAUAAAAAUGGUCAAGAAAUUCGACCCAGUACAAAAUACAUCUUUGAGCAUAAAGGAUGCGAAAGAAUCAUGUUUAUCAAUAACUGUUUGCUAACAGAUGAUUCGGAGUAUUAUGUGACAGCUGGUGAUGAGAAAUGUUCCACUGAGCUCUUUGUGAGAGAGCCUCCAGUUUUGGUGACCAAACAGCUGGAAGAUCUGAAUGCUUACUGUGGGGAGAGAGUGGAAUUAGAAUGUGAGGUGUCUGAAGAUGAUGCCAAUGUAAAAUGGUUUAAGAAUGGUGAGGAGAUCGUCCCUGGUCCAAAAUCAAGAUACCGAAUUAAAGUUGAGGGCAAAAAACACAUUUUGAUCAUAGAAGGAGCAACAAAGGCCGAUGCUGCAGAAUAUUCUGUAAUGACCACAGGAGGACAAUCAUCUGCUAAACUUAGCGUUGGCUUGAAACCCCUGAAGGUAUUGACACCCUUGACCGAUCAGACUGUAAAACUUGGAAAUGAAAUCUGCUUGAAGUGUGAAAUCUCUGAAAACAUACCAGGAAAAUGGACUAAAAAUGGCCUACCCGUUCAGGAGAGUGACCGUCUAAAGAUUGUUCACAAAGGAAGAAUCCACAAGUUAGUGAUAGCCAAUUCUCUCGUUGAAGAUGAAGGUGAUUAUGUGUUUGCACCAGAUGCCUACUCUAUCACUCUGCCUGCCAAAGUUCAUGUUAUCGAUCCUCCUAAGAUCAACCUGGAUGGUCUUGAUGCUGACAAUACAGUGACAGUAAUAGCAGGAAACAAGCUUCGUCUUGAGAUUCCUAUCUCUGGAGAACCACCUCCUAAAGCCCUUUGGAGCCGAGCAGAUAAGGCUAUUAUGGAGGGUGGCCGGAUAAGGGCAGAAUCUUAUCCUGACAGCAGCACUCUGGUUAUUGACGUAGCAGAAAAAGACGACUCUGGUGUUUACCACAUAAAUCUGAAGAAUGAGGCUGGAGAAGCACACGCAGCCAUCAAGAUUAAAGUUGUGGACAUCCCUGAUCCUCCAGUGGCACCAUCUGUGACAGAUGUGGGAGAUGAUUGGUGCAUCAUGAACUGGGACCCUCCUGCCUACGAUGGAGGGUCCCCAAUUUUAGGAUACUUUAUUGAAAGGAAAAAGAAACAAAGCUCCAGGUGGAUGAGGCUGAAUUUUGAUCUCUGCAAAGAAACGACGUUCGAGCCCAAAAAGAUGAUUGAAGGCGUGGCCUAUGAGGUCCGCAUCUUUGCGGUCAAUGCCAUUGGCAUCUCCAAGCCCAGUAUGCCCUCCAGGCCUUUUGUUCCUUUGGCUGUAACCAGCCCUCCAACUCUCCUGGCUGUUGACUCCGUAACUGACACCACUGUCACAAUGAAGUGGCGGCCCCCUGACCAGAUUGGUGCUGCAGGUUUAGAUGGCUAUGUGCUAGAGUAUUGCUAUGAAGGAAGUGACAACUGGAUAAAAGCAAACAAAGAGCUGAUCGACAAGACCAAGUUCACCAUCACAGAUCUGCCGACAGAUGCGAGGAUCUUUGUGCGUGUGAAGGCCAUGAACAAAGCCGGUGCCAGCGAGCCCAAGUACUAUUCUCAGCCCAUUCUCGUGAAGCAAAUCAUAGAGCCUCCAAAGAUUCGCAUCCCAAGGCACCUGAAGCAAACCUAUAUCCGCAGAGUUGGAGAAGCUGUCAAUCUGGUUAUACCUUUCCAGGGAAAACCAAAACCAGAAUUAACUUGGAAGAAGGAUGGUGCAGAAAUUGAUAAGAAUCAAAUAAACAUUCGCAACUCUGAGACUGAUACCAUCAUAUUUAUCAGAAAAGCGGAGAGAAGCCACUCUGGAAAAUACGAUCUGCAAGUCAAAGUGGAAAAAUUCAUGGAAACCGCAUCAAUCGAUAUCCAGAUCAUUGACCGUCCGGGUCCGCCCCAAGUGGUGAAGAUUGAAGACGUCUGGGGAGAGAAUGUUGCUUUAUCAUGGGCACCACCAAAGGAUGAUGGAAAUGCUGCCAUUACAGGGUACACGAUCCAGAAGGCUGACAAGAAGAGCAUGGAAUGGUUCACUGUCAUUGAGCAUUAUCACCGAACCAGUGCCACCAUUUCUGAACUGGUCAUAGGAAACGAAUAUUACUUCCGGGUCUUUGCUGAAAACAUGUGCGGCCUCAGUGAGGAUGCAACGAUGACUAAAGAGAGCGCCGUGAUUGCCAAGGACGGUAAAAUCUACAAAAAUCCAGUGUAUGAAGACUUCGAUUUCACAGAGGCGCCCAUGUUCACCCAGCCUUUGGUUAACACUUAUGCUGUAGCUGGUUACAAUGCCACCCUGAAUUGCAGUGUGAGAGGAAAUCCUAAGCCCAAAAUAACCUGGAUGAAAAACAAAGUUGUUAUUGUGGAUGACCCAAGAUACAGGAUGUUCAGCAAUCAAGGGGUCUGUACUCUGGAGAUUAGAAAGCCCAGCCCCUAUGACGGAGGCACUUACAGCUGCAAAGCAGUCAAUGACCUUGGGACAGUGGAGAUCGAAUGCAAACUGGAGGUGAAAGGUGGCCUUUCCUUCUGCAGGCUCCUCUUGCAAGGCGUGCCUCCUAACAUAAUUGAUUCAUAUUUGCGAGACGUGCACUCAAGCAAUCCUGAGGAAUACUAAGGGCCUGGGCACAGCCUCUCUGCGCUCCACUGCUUUGAAAUCUGGUUGCAAUGAGAAAGCAUUUUCUGUUUUUUCCACCAGGCACCCAAGUGUGGUCAUUUUCUUUCCUCCUAAUGUUGAAGAAAAAAAAAUGUUUGCAUGGAUUGCUUAAUUAAAAAUUGCAAACAAAAAUCUCA